UCUCUCUGAGUUGGCUGUGUAGACUGUAGCUUUUGCUUAGAAUAAUAGCACUUUCGACAGUGCCACCGGUUGACGUAUUGUCAGAAUUUGAGCAUGACUCUCUUACGUUCCUCGGAUUCAAAGCAAGCCUAGUGCGUAUGCUGCAGAGCUGGCUGCUUCAAUCUUGAAUGGAAUGCUGAAUAGAGCAUGGAACAGUAGUUGCGAGGUCUAAGUGCAGUCGGAAGAGGCGUCUUAACUUAUAAAUAUAAGAACAUAACAUUGGUCAAAUGACUUCAGUUCUGCGGCAACCUUACUCAAGUAAUCAAGUACGUCUGCAAGCGUGCCGAGUGCGAGAGCUCACAGAUCGUACAAAUCGAGGCAACGUGCACGGUCCACAGUCCACCGUCGACGAUCCACAGUCGACAGUCUACGCAUAUCAAGGAAAAUAUUUCCAAUGAAAAGCAGCAUACGACCAUUACGCAGCAUGAGGCCAACGCACUUGCAGCUACUGCUGUUGCUGCUGCUGCUGAUGCUGAUGCUCUGCUCGUCGGGAGAUGCACGUCGGUCGCGCAUCGAGCUGGAGGCAGCUGCAAGGGACAAUUUGGCGGACCUGGUACCCGUCGUCAUUCAGCUGGCACCAGCAUCAAUGCCUGAAAGUGACAAAACAAAGAGCACCGACAGCAUUGGCAGCGGCCCUGCCGAUCCCAGCCAGAAGAAUGAUCAAUCAUUGUACGUGGCCAAUGCCAAUGCCAAUGGGCUGCGAGGGGCAACAACAAAGACCAAAUUGGCUGACGAUGCCAGCCACGCAGACUCUGACGCAUCAAUGCCCUUAUUGAGUUACCCCGAGCAGGGGCAGGGGCAGGAGCAGGGGCUGGGGCUGGGGUUGGGGCAGGGGCUGGGACAGGAGGAAGUGGGCAUUCCUUUGCCUCUGGCUGGCCAGCCAAAUUAUCAUAAUCACAAUUCGGUCGAGGAAUGUGACCCAGAUUUGCUGGGCUUCGAAAUUAUUACAGGCUACGUUUUCUCCGCACCUGGCAGACUACUGGACUCAUUGCCGGGCACACUGAUGCUCACGGAUUGCCUUGAAUCUUGUCAGACUAACGAAACUUGUCAGUCCGUUAACUACGAAACUGGAUUAUGCGUUCUAUUUUCAUCUAACGCAGAUAUUUUGCCAGGUGCCCUCACUAAAUCGCAGUUUCCUGUUUUCACGAUUUAUGCGCAGAAAACCUGCUUGGGCGUACGUCCCUGUGCCAGAGCCUGGUGCAUCGAUCGAGUCCAAAACUACAGACUGGAUGGACAUGCAAAACGGGUCGUAUCAGUGACAUCGCGUCGUGAUUGCCUCGAGCUGUGCCUUGGGGAAACGGAAUUCAUAUGCAGAUCUGCCAACUACUAUCGCGACUCAAACACAUGUGAACUGGCCGAAAUGGAUCGUUUUACGUUGGCGGGUUCGAAUGCCUUUCAGGCACAUGCCGGCACAGAGUAUUUGGAAAAUAACUGUGCCGAGGAGCCGAAUAAGUUGUGUGAAUUCAAGCGUUUGCCGGGUCGCAUACUAAAAACUGUGGACUCGGUGUAUCAAGACAUUGGCAGCGUGGACGAGUGCCGAGAACUGUGUCUCAACUCACCUUAUAGAUGCCAUUCAUAUGACUAUGGGGACACGGGCGACAUGGUCUGCCGACUCUCGCAUCACAGUCGGGCAACGCUGUCGGAUGUGCAGGAUCCCUAUUUGGAGGUACCAGAAGCGGCUACCUAUGAGCUGUCCUCGUGCUAUAAUGUGACCAUCGAAUGCGGAGCAGGGGACAUGGUCGCUCGCAUACGCACCUCUAAGCUGUUCGAUGGCAAGGUCUAUGCCAAGGGCUCGCCCAAGUCUUGUUCUGUGGACGUCAGCAGUGCGCUGGACUUUGAGAUUCGCAUGGGCUACCAGAAUCUGGAGUGCAAUGUUCGCCAGAGCGGCGCGGGUCGCUACAUGAAUGACGUUGUGAUUCAGCACCACGACACAAUUGUCACCUCGUCAGACUUGGGUCUGGCCGUGACCUGCCAGUACGAUCUGACCAACAAGUCGGUGACCAACGAUGUUGAUCUGGGCGUCAAGGGCGACGUGGAGACAGCGCUCUCUGAGGAGGUUAUUGUCGACUCGCCCAAUGUGCUGAUGAGGAUCUCCUCCAGAGAUGGCUCUGAUAUGAUGCGCUCUGCCGAAGUGGGCGAUCCCCUGGCCCUUCAUUUCGAAAUAGUCGAUCAGCAGAGUCCGUAUGAAAUAUUCGUACGCGAAUUGGUUGCAAUGGACGGCGCUGAUAAUGCGGAGAUAACGCUGAUAGACGCACAGGGCUGUCCCACAGAUCAUCUGAUUAUGGGACCUAUUCUCAAAAGCGGACAGUCUGGCAAAAUAUUAUUUUCCAAUUUCGAUGCCUUCAAAUUCCCCUCAAGCGACGUUGUGCAGUUCCGUGCUCUGGUCACGCCCUGCAUGCCCAGCUGUGAGCCAGUCAACUGCCAACAGGACGAUAUUACGGCGGAGUUCAGAACACAGCUGUCCUACGGACGCAGGCGAAGGCGCGAGACGUAUGCUCAAUCAAAUGUUGUAGGCCAUCAUCAGCAUAAGUUAUGGCGCACAAGCCGUGAGGCAAGAGCUGGCCUGGUGCAGAACAAAACAAGUCAAGAGGAUUUGCUGCUCGUACAGUCGAUACAAAUAACUGAUAAAUUUGGCUUCGUUAAAAAGCAGCAGCAGCAACAGCAACAGCAACAGAAACAACAGACAAACAAGAUAAAGGACUACGAUUCAUAUGACAAUGUGCUCUUUGUGAAUGAGGGCGUGCCUGGUUUGUGUUUCGAUGGCAUUGGUUUCAUUGUUGCUGCGACCGUGUUUUUCGUGGCACAAUUCAUUGUUAUCGCCAUUUGGUCGUAUUUGUAUAGGCGACGACAGAUCCAACAGCCAUAUGUUAAUCAAUUUCUCAAUGGCGCUACGGACUACAGGGGCAACGGCAGCAACAAUAUCGCGUUCGCUAAAUAAUCUGAUAAGCAGGGCCCAAGGUGUGAGCGACAAUUAUGUAGGUAGUAUAUACAUUCGAUUAUAUACUGGGGUUUUUUUUGUUUCGAUUGGAAUCGGUGCAAAAUAAUGCAAUAUUUGAUAUAUGACAAA